AUUGAUGUAUUGCGGUUUAUUUUCUAUCCUCGUUGGGUGUCCAACAAUGGAUUGAAUGUAGUGUUUUAAAUUGCUCUUCAUAGAGUUUAAUGUGUUUUUUACUAAAAAAAAGUAUUUUGUACUUUAACCAAUAAAUGAGUCCCGUGAAUAUAUCAUGUUUGUAUACUACAUUUUGUGGCCAAAGUUUUUCAACUCCGUCAUUUUAUACUAGUACCUUAUAGUUGAAAUAAUUUUACAAAUUACAAAUAAUUCUUCAAGCAUUUAAUAACAACAAUGGGCCGUUAUACUGGGAAAAAAUGUCGACUGCUAACAAUGCUGUGGCUCACUUUUAUCUUCUUUUUGGUAGAAAUAGGUUUUGGCUAUUUCACCAACUCGAUGGCUUUAAUAGCUGAUAGUUUUCACAUGCUGUCGGAUGGCCUUGCUCUAGUAGUGGCAUUCCUCUCGGUGAAGAUGUCACCAAAGAAAUGGUCGAAAAAUACUUUCGGCUGGGCCAGGGCUGAGGUACUCGGUGCUUUGGUAAAUGCAGUGUUUCUGGUUGCACUAUGCUUCAGUAUUACUGUUGAAGCAUUUGGACGCUUCAUAGAACCUGAAGAAAUCCAUGAGCCUGAACUUCUUGUCGUGGUUGGUGUUACGGGACUGCUAGUUAAUGUGGUAGGACUGUGCUUAUUCCAUGAGCAUGGAAGUUCUCAUGGGCAUGCACAUGGAAUUUCUCGAAGUCACAAUCGGCUCAGCACUCUUGUUGGCACCGAUGAUAACGAAAAUGAAGGACAGUGCAGACCUCCUACUCCACCAGUAAAGCGAGCACAUGGUCAUAGUCACGAUGCUGGCCAAAUGAAUAUGCGAGGUGUAUUCCUCCACGUUUUGUCUGAUGCACUGGGAUCCGUUAUUGUUAUUGUUUCUGCGCUGGUUGUAUGGCUCACAAACUGGUCUUUUAAACGUUAUAUAGAUCCUGCGUUGUCGCUACUGUUGGUGAUACUCAUAUUGAAAUCCGUCUGGCCGUUAUUACGGGAAUCAGCUUUAAUCUUACUGCAAACAGUCCCUACGCAUAUACAGGUUGACGCAAUUCAGCAGCGCUUACUGGACAAUGUUGACGGUGUGUUGGCGGUACAUGAAUUUCAUGUAUGGCAACUGGCUGGAGAACGAAUUAUAGCCUCUGCCCAUAUCCGUUGCCGUAAUCUCUCCGAAUAUAUGAAGAUUGCUGAACAAGUUAAAGAGUUUUUCCAUAACGAAGGAAUUCACUCAACUACAAUACAGCCGGAAUUUAUAGAUUACCAUGACAAUAGCGCAGUACAAGAAACCCCGACCGAAGAUUGCGUCCUUGAUUGCCCAAAGACCGACAAGCCAUGCAACCAAGCUACCUGCUGUGGACCGUCAAAACAGGGUCGUGAAACGCCAUCACCCGGAGAAACGCCAUACAUGUGCAGGCAGCGGAAUAGUCUGGCAAGAUCGAACGUCGCUAUAGAAGGAAUGGAACAGCAGGAGGUUAAUGAAAUGGAGCGCGGCCACUUGUUGUCGCUACCUACUCCUCAUCAUUCUGUCAACUUACCUUAUCCUUUGGUCAACUCACCGCAGGCCUGACUCUCUCCAUGUCAUAUUAACGAAUGCCUACCUCCAUAGCUGAUCGUGUCCAGUCACGCCACGUCACAAUGCCAUUGUACAAACGUAAUAAAUUAGUUCACCCAAGCGCUUAUCUCAUUGCGACUGCUCUGUUGAUGAAAGUCUAAAUUGAACAGAUUAGCACGCAGUAUCGUGAUUAGUUUUACAACUUGUAUCAACCAAGCGCGCUAAUUUAUUAUCUGCACGCAUUUAAAAGUGGGUGGCUUAUUAGUUAAAGGUAUUGUAUAAUAUAUUAUUUCUAGUACUUUACCCAGGAGUUCGGAAGAGGAAUAGGCUGGAUCUUAUAUAAUUUUUUAUAGUUUGCUUGCUUAUCAUCGGGUAAGUAAGUAUAGCUAAUUGAAUGCCAAAGGCAUGUACGUACCAAAUGGAACAUAAUAUUAUCUGUUCAUGAUGAUCAUGAAUUUGACCUGGCUGCCUUGAUGAUAUUCAGAUGAUGCCUGUACGUAACGUUAUAUGUAUAAGUAUAAAAUGAUACUUUUAUAAAUUCUUUUAUUUCGCACAAGCGCACGUUUCUUCAUUUUUAGAAGAAUCCAAUAACUACAUUUCUGUACAGCAAUAGUUAUUAUUACUUCUGAGUAGAAUCUGUACACUGAUUGCGUUUGUUAAAUUUUUAUCAACAUUAUUUAGAAAUGGAACAUUCACAUUAGGUCCUCAUGACUCAUCAUUUCUUUUAUCGUUUAUUAUUCUUAUCAUUACUAUUAUCUUCAGUCAUUCAUUUUACCAACAAGCCUGUGUCGAAGUUGAAGUAUUAUCUGUGUAUGAAAAAUGGUCCAUUCUGAAUAUCUAAUAGAUACUUGAAAUAUAGUUUACUAUUAGCAAAUUUACUGAUACAAAGACUAUGUUCAAUUUCAUAAUGUCUUGUACGUUUCCCCUGCUAUUGUACAAUAUCCAUGUAUAAUUAUAUACAUACAUAUCUAUUAUCUAUAUAUAAUUGUACUUAUAGAUAUUUUAUGCUGUCUGCAGUGAUAUUAUCAAAGGGAAGUGCAAAUCAAGAGAUUGAAUACUGAGAUCGAUCUGAGACUUGUAUCUGUUCUUUGAUAUAAAACUUCCACGCUCGUGCGAAGUUGAUCAGUCGACGGCAGUGCUAAUUUUAGCUAUACAAAUAACAUAUUUAGCACGUUGGUAAAAAAUGAGAAAAAAAAACAAAAUUAAAAUGUCUUCGUGCUAUUAAAAGAUUUAGACACAAUGCUAAAACCGCUACCA